AUGCCUAUAAUUGCAGGCACUGUGGCUCAGGCUGUUAUUCUUGUUUGGUGCAUCAUCAUUGCUCUUACCAUGUAUCUUGCAUCAAAGGACUAUAAUUCAGUCACAAGAUUGUUCAUCAUGAUCUUGACAUGGAACCUAGCUUUCAUGAUCUCAGUUAUUCCUACAACCCAGGAAAUUGCCAAAGACAUACCACCUGGUCCUGUUCAUGUUCUCUCCUUCAUCUUCAACCUAUUUUUGGCAUCCUUUGUAUUCACUAUUGAAGGGCCUGCAUGGUUCAGUUGUAGGUUUCCGAUGGACAUGUCCAAGUAUACUGUUAGGCUUAUGACCAGCCUGGCUUAA